AUGGAUAUAGCCUCUUCUCUUGGAAUUCCAUAUCACGUCGUGGAUUCCUGGUACACCAAUUGCCGAAUCGCGGGCCCUGAAAAAUUGUGGGCGAAGAUUUCUUUGGAGCAGGAAAAAUUGGAGGAACAGAAGUGGAAAAGGGAGCGGCAGCGGAGGGAAGAAAUGGCGAAGAAGAAGAAAAUUACCUACUACCAACACAAAAAACUCACAAAGUUCUUUGAGACGAAUUCGUUUCCAGAUGAUGAUCAGAUCGAGAUUAUAGGCAAAUCGGUAGCGAUGACAAAUAUAGCCGUGGAUUGCUGGUUCUUCAGAUGCCGCACGAUGGGUCCUGAAGCAUUGUGGGCGGAGGUGGGAGAAGUGGAUCUUGAGGAGUGGAGAAGGAAGAAGGAGGAGGAGGAGACAGAGUUAAUGACAAAGCUAUCUCAAGCUGAAGCCAAAAUUGCCUCCCUCACCGCCGAGAAUCCGAAACUAGAGUCCUCGAUCACUAACCUCACCACCUGUACUCAUGCUCAACAGUCAGAUCCUGUCAGAUUCCUCACGAUUGAGAAGGAGUUGGCUCGAGUUUCCUCGCAGCUGAAGGCUUUUGAAGAGGCGGAGCUCAAAAAGGAGAAUGAGAGGAUGAAAGAUCAAAAGGAGCAACUGGAGGCGACACUCCAGUCUAAGAAGAAGCUUGAGGAGCAAGUGGAAAAUGAAAAGAAAGAGAACGAGGAGCUGAGAAAGAUUAUUGCGCAACAAGCAGCGGAGAUCACGGAAUCUAAGAAUCUCAUCGCUGACAAGAAUGCAGAGAUCCAAAAUCUCACAGCCAUUAAGAAUUGUGUCAAGGGAGACCAGGCUGAAGACAAAAUUACCUUCCUUACCGCCGAGAACCAGAAACUAGAAUCCUGGAUUACCAACAUCACUACCAUGUCUCAUGUCCAAUCAGAUCCUGAGGCGGAUCUUAAGAAGGAGAAUGAUCGGUUGAAGGAGCAAAAGAAGGAGUUGGAGGCAAUGCUUCAGUCUAAGAAGAAGCUCAAGGAGCAGGUGGAAGAGGCGAACAAAAAGAUCGAGGAGCUGAGCUUUCUUCUGGAGGAAAAGAACAAUAAAAUAGAGACUAUGACCCAAAGAAACGAAGAACAAUCUGCUGAGCUCAAGGAAGCCAAGACUCUCGUUGCUGACAAGGCUGCAGAGAUCCAGAAUCUCACUAGCAUCCAGAAUAGCGUCAAGGAUGCGGUCAAUGCUCAGCAGGAACAAAUCGCAAAGCUGCUGACCAAAACCACUCUUUGA